UAAGCAAACGCAGAGCUCCAUCGAUCAUCGAUCGGUAGCCAGCCAUGGAGCCAAACGGGAUGCCCGGGUCGGGCGGAGCGCUCACGCGCAGCGGCCGCCGGAGCAGCCGGAGCUGGGGCAGCAACAUCUCCCACUCCCUCCGGCAGCAGGCGGGCCUGCAGCCGGACACCGACGAACCGUUCCGGCGCGGCUCCGCCACCUCCUCCCGCCGCCACGACGACGACGAGGAGAACCUCCGGUGGGCGGCGCUGGAGAAGCUCCCCACCUACGACCGCAUGCGGCGCGCCAUCCUCCUCGCCAACCACAGCCUGCAGCAGUACGCCGGCGGCGGGGAUGACGGGAUGGUGGAGAUCGAGCACCUCGCCAGCGGCGACGGCGGGCGCGCGCUCCUGGAGCGCGUGUUCAGGGACGACAGCGAGGGGUUCCUGAGGAGGCUCAAGGACCGGGUGGACAGGGUGGGCAUCGAGAUGCCGGCCAUCGAGGUGCGCUACCAGGACCUCAGCAUCGAGGUCGACGCCUACGUCGGGAGCUCCGCCUUGCCCACGCUCUGGAACGUCACCGCCAACGUCUUCAAGAGUCUUAUCGGACGCCUCGCCUCCUCCAACAAGAAAACCAUCAACAUACUCCAAAACGUCAAUGGUAUCCUCAAACCAUCCAGGAUGACUCUUCUUCUUGGACCUCCUUCUUCAGGAAAGAGCACGCUUAUGCGGGCCCUUUCUGGCAAGCUUGACAAAAGCCUCAAGGUAUCUGGCAGCAUCACAUAUUGUGGCCACACAUUUUCCGAGUUCUACCCUGAGAGGACCAGCGCGUAUGUUAGCCAGUACGAUCUCCACAAUGCGGAGAUGACUGUAAGAGAGACACUGGAUUUCUCCAGGCGCUGCUUAGGCGUCGGUGCCAGAUAUGACAUGCUUGCGGAGCUCGCCAAGAGGGAGCGUGAAGCUGGCAUAAAACCAGAUCCUGAGAUCGACGCUUACAUGAAAGCUACUGCGGUGCAGGGAAAGGAGAGUAAUAUUGUGACGGAUCUUACUCUCAAGGUCCUUGGGCUUGACAUUUGUGCUGAUACCAUGAUCGGUGAUGACAUGAUCAGAGGAAUUUCCGGUGGGCAAAAGAAGCGUGUCACAACUGGGGAAAUGUUAACUGGACCUGCAAGUGCUUUGUUCAUGGAUGAAAUUUCCACUGGUUUGGAUAGCUCUAGCACAUUUAUGAUUGUAAAAUAUAUGAAGCAGUUGGUCCAUGUGAUGAAUGAGACCGUGAUGAUCUCCCUCCUACAACCACCGCCCGAGACAUACAACCUGUUUGAUGACAUUAUUUUGCUAUCAGAAGGAUACAUAGUGUACCAUGGGCCACGUGAGAACAUCUUGGAAUUCUUUGAAGCUUCUGGUUUUCGGUGCCCUGACAGGAAAGGAGUCGCUGAUUUCCUUCAAGAGGUCACUUCCAAGAAAGACCAACAACAAUACUGGUACCGUGAACAGGAACAAUAUCGUCCGGUGUCAGUCCCAGAGUUUGCUGAACGUUUCAAGAAAUUCCAUGUAGGCCAGCAGAUGAUCAAGGAGAUGCAGAUCCCUUAUGACAAAUCCAAAACCCAUCCUGCUGCAUUGACCACCAAGAAGUAUGGCAUAUCCAGCAAGGAGUCACUCAAGGCAGUGAUGUCGAGAGAGGUGCUGUUGAUGAAGCGCAACUCGUUCAUCUACAUCUUCAAGGUCUCCCAGUUGAUCAUCCUUGGGCUCAUGGCCAUGACUGUGUUCCUCAGAGUAAAGAUGCCCACUGGGAAGAUUGCUGACGGUGGCAAAUUCUAUGGAGCUCUGACUUUCAGUUUAAUCACCAUCUUGUUCAACGGGUUUGCUGAGCUACAACUCACCAUAAAGAUGCUUCCUACGUUCUACAAACAAAGGGAUUUCUUGUUUUUCCCCCCAUGGACAUGGGGAGUGGCAAACAUACUCUUAAAAAUUCCUGUUUCGUUUGUGGAGGCCGGGGUAUGGGUCGUCCUCACGUACUAUGUGAUGGGCUUUGCACCUGCUGCAGGAAGGUUCUUUCGUCAGUUUUUAGCGUUCUUCGCUACUCACCAAAUGGCGAUUGCUUUGUUCCGAUUUUUGGGUGCUGUUCUGAAAUCAAUGGUUGUGGCCAACACUUUUGGGAUGUUCGUGAUCCUUCUUAUUUUCAUAUUUGGAGGAUUUCUCAUCCCUAGGGGUGACAUCAGACCAUGGUGGAUCUGGGCUUACUGGUCAUCCCCUAUGAUGUACAGUCAGAAUGCAAUAUCUGUCAAUGAAUUCCUUGCCACUAGGUGGACCACUCCAAACACCGACACUUCUGUUGAUGCACCAACAGUAGGCAAGGCUCUUCUUAAAUCGAAAGGAUUUUUUACUACUGACGGGGGCUAUUGGAUUUCCAUAGGAGCCCUUGUAGCAUUCGCUAUUGUGUUCAACAUCUUGUACAUUUUGGCCCUUACGUACUUGAGCCCUAGCGGUAGCUCAAACACACUAGUUUCAGACGAAGAGAAUGAGUCAGAAGCCAAUGCAUCAUCUAAUACGGCAUCUUCAAUACCUAUGGUUGAUGUAGGUACUAAUGGAGCCACAAAUAGGCCAACUCAGUCAGGAGUUGUCUUGCCUUUCCAGCCCCUUGCACUUUCUUUCAACCAUGUAAACUAUUACGUGGACAUGCCAGCGGAAAUGAAGGAACAAGGAUUCGGGGAAACUCGGCUCCAGUUGCUCACUGAUAUCAGUGGUGCUUUCAGGCCAGGUGUCCUGACAGCACUUGUUGGCGUGAGUGGAGCUGGAAAGACCACUCUAAUGGAUGUCUUGGCAGGAAGGAAAACUAGUGGGUCUGUUGAAGGAAGUAUCACCCUCUCUGGUUACCCUAAAAAUCAAGAAACUUUUGCCCGCGUUAGUGGCUAUUGUGAACAGAAUGAUAUCCAUUCACCAAAUGUUACUGUCUACGAAUCCAUUUUGUACUCAGCCUGGCUGCGUCUUUCAUCAGAUGUUGACGAAAAAACGAGAAAGAUGUUUGUGGAGGAAGUCAUGACCCUUGUAGAGCUUGAUGCGUUGCGUAAUGCUAUGGUUGGUCUCCCUGGAGUCGACGGAUUAUCAACUGAACAAAGGAAGAGACUGACAAUUGCGGUGGAGCUGGUAUCAAAUCCUUCAAUCAUAUUCAUGGAUGAGCCAACUUCUGGUCUUGAUGCUAGAGCAGCAGCGAUUGUCAUGCGGGCGGUGCGAAAUACAGUCAACACUGGGCGUACUGUGGUUUGUACAAUCCAUCAACCCAGCAUCGAUAUAUUUGAGUCUUUUGAUGCGCUUCUACUUCUGAAAAGAGGAGGCCAGGUUAUUUAUGCUGGUGAUCUUGGUCGCCACUCUCAUAAACUGGUUAAAUAUUUUGAGGCAAUUCCAGGUGUUGAAAAGAUCACAGAAGGAUAUAAUCCUGCAACAUGGAUGUUGGAAGUUAGCUCCCCUCUAGCCGAGGCUCGCUUGGAAGUAAAUUUUGCUGAAAUUUACGCCAACUCUGCUCUUUAUAGGGAAAACCAAGAACUUAUUAAGGAAUUGAGCGUCCCCCCUCCAGGCUACGAGGAUCUCUCAUUCCCUACAAAGUAUUCUCAGAAUUUCUACAACCAGUGUGUUGCAAACUUCUGGAAGCAAUACAAAUCUUAUUGGAAGAAUCCUCCCCACAACGCCAUGCGCUUUCUUAUGACGUUGCUCAAUGGUCUUGUAUUUGGGACGGUGUUUUGGCAAAAAGGAACUAAACUAGAUACACAACAAGAUUUGUUCAAUCUACUUGGAGCCACUUAUGCUGCUGUCUUCUUCCUCGGGGCUUCCAAUUGCAUCACAGUCCAACCCGUUGUGGCAAUCGAGCGAACUGUUUUCUACCGUGAAAAGGCGGCGGGGAUGUAUUCUCCAUUAUCCUAUGCAUUAGCUCAGACAAGCGUGGAGAUCAUCUACAACGUCUUGCAGGGGUGUCUAUACACAGUCGUCAUCUAUGCGAUGAUUGGAUAUGAUUGGAAAGCCGACAAGUUUUUCUAUUUCCUGUUCUUCAUCGUUUCAAGCUUCAACUACUUCACAUUGUUUGGCAUGAUGUUGGUGGCAUUGACCCCAUCUGCGAUGCUUGCAAACAUACUGAUAUCCUUUAUGAUGCCUCUUUGGAACCUGUUUGCUGGAUUCCUCGUCGUGAGACCGUUGAUACCAAUCUGGUGGAGGUGGUACUACUGGGCAAACCCUGUGUCAUGGACCAUCUAUGGCGUCGUGGCGUCGCAAUUUGGCGAGAACACCGGUAGUCUUUCGGUCCCUGGUGCGGACUCCACCACGGUGAAGCAGUUUCUGGACGAUAAUCUGGGAAUAAAGCACGAUUUCCUUGGCUACGUCGUGCUGGCCCACUUUGCCUUUUGCAUUGGCUUCUUCUUUGUGUUCGGCUAUUCCAUCAAGGUCUUGAACUUCCAGAAACGUUAGGCAGGCGGUGUGCAGCUACCAAGUAAUCUAGCGUGUGCGUGCGUGAGGGUGUGUAUAUUACAAGUAGUUGGAUGCAGAGACAUUCCUCUGCUACUAUUGUGUAAAUGAGAUUUAGUAGCGAUACACCUUGUUUCACUAUGAGUAUAUAUAUAUGGGAAAAGGUCCAGUUUUGUCUCUUGACUGUUAUUGCCGAAAUCCAAAGUUUGGUCUGUAAAAUGUAUGACAAAGAAGAAGGAGUGGUCAACUUGUUUGCACAUGGUUUGUGCAAAAGAAUAACUGUCCAUUUGAGUAGCAAAUGAGAGUUCUUGCUGCAUAAAUAUAUCUUUUGUACUAAUGUUGUUGAGAGUUAUGUUUGAGUUGAUAAGGAGAAGGUACUGUAUCUCACUCCCAGAGAGGAAUUCUCGGUGUAGAAUGAAUGCAGAGGAGUUGUUGAAAAGGAAAAGGUGAGCCUCUGUAAUCUUAUUUGUUACUGAACAUGGGUGGAUCCAAA